AUGACAUCAAGUAUAGAUAACCUUUUUAUGGUUUCGGUACAAGAAGCUGUGCAAAAAUCGUUAAAUAAUAACCAGCCACUAUUUGUUUUCUUAUCUAAGGAUGAUGAAACGUCGGGGACGUUUGCUGACGGGCUUUUGGGGAGGAAAGCUGGUGAUAAUGGGAGAUAUGUACGUGAAAAGAUUCAGAACCAGUUUGUGGCAUUAAAGUUGAUUGAAGACACCACGGAGUACGGGUAUUUUAAACAAAUUUUUCAAAAUUUGGUGGUACCCAGUUUUUACGUGGUUAACAAAGGGCAACUAUUGGAUGUCAUAACGCAAGAAUGUACAUCGGAACGGUUUGGAGAACAAAUACAGAAGAUUUGCGAUGAUUUGAAUGUAAAUAGAGCUGAUAAUUCAGUUGUUAGUGAACAACCCGGGGCACAUGCAAAUGCAGGGUCUAAUCAGCCUGCUGUAGUGCUGAACAGACAAGAACAAGUUUCGGCUUCUCUGACCCAAAUACAUGGUAAUACAUUAGGAAGAGAUCAUGAUCUGAAUGUUUUCAGGCAUAAACGGCAAAUUGAGGUGCUUAAAAGAGAGGAGCAAGAAGAGAAGAAAAGAAUCAGAGCAUUACUUGAAGCAGACAAGAGAGAACGUCACAUAGCGCAAAAACAUUUAACCCGAAAAGCUGCCGAAGAGUCAUCGGGUGAUGAAAAAGCUCGAAAAUCGAGUAAGAGUAAAUAUGAAGUGUGUUCGUUAUCAAUCAAGCUAUUUGAUGGGAAUUCCUUAAAGCACGAUUUUAAGGCUGAUCAAACUUUAAAUGAUGUGCGGAGCUGGCUCGAUAAUGAAACAGAGCAUCAAAUUAUCCCCAAUAACGCGUCGUUACCUUCGUUUGCGACUGCUUCGUACCCUCAGCCAACUCAUUAUGUCUUUCAUCAACCUGUCUUGCCCCGUGUAACAUAUAGCGACGAUGAGGAAUUUAAAAAAUUAGCUGAUUUGGGCUUAUGCCCUCGCUCGGUAUUGAUUUUGAAGCCUAUAUAUGACGCUAAGAGUUAUGUGAACGCCUACCCUAAUGGUAGAGCUCCUGCAGGUGUUCUACGCUCAGUUGGUGGUGCAAUCGGUAAGUUUGGUAAUGCCAUAUAUUCUUUCUUUGACUAUAGUGUCGGAGAUCUAACUCAAGACUAUGAAGGUCAUGUCGAUUUGGAAAGAUCUAGAAGUCCUCUAGGAGACUCGGAAGAUCCCAAUACCAAUAGGCCGACGGACAUCAAUAGUAUUAAUGAUUCGAACUUGGCAAGUCCCCCAUCUGAAAGAGUUGAAGAAUACUUCGAUGCAAGACUAAGAAGUGGUGCAGGAACCCCUAAUGUGUUAUCAAUCAAUUCUGGAUCGCAGCCAUCAUUGAUUAAUUUUGGUUCUAAUCCAUCACCAGUACCGUUUUCUCGUGUACCCAAUAUGCCACAAUCAGAUAUGACAUCUGCUGGUAAUGGAGCAUCUAAUUACAAUGCUCGUUCGUCAACUCCAAAGCCAAUAAGCAGCAUACCAUCCGUAAGUAAUAUUCAGACUAUCCAUGAAGGAAGUUCUAAAGGUGAUUCGAAGAAUGAAUUAAAGGAGAAUUCAGAUGACAAAAGAAAUGACCGUGGUACAUACAACGGAAAUAGUGUUAAUUUAGGCGACGAUCAAGAUGACUAA